UAGAUAUGAAAAGGCUAAGGCAAAAGGCAUCGAUAACUAUGACAGAGAGUUGAAAGAUGCUAUUGACAGGCUCAUUUUUGACUGUGAUAGGAAAAUUGGUAGAUUUCUCAAGCGCCUCGAGGAUGAGGAUUCAAAGGCUGCUAUUGCUAUAUCACUCACUGAAGUUACUCAGACACCAGAAGUACUAGAGCUUUCAAAGCUAAGGGGAAAUUGAAGGAAGCUGACCAAUAUGUCCAUUCUGCUUUUGGAUGCUUUCAAUAAAGACUGAGCAUCUUUGCCUCAACCAUUGCCAAACCCUCUACCUUUGGCACCAUUGCCUGUACCUGCACAUGAUCCUCGGACCCAGGAAAUGAUAAAUGAAAAGUUGAAGAAAGCUAAGGAUCUUGUUGAGAAAGGGAUCAUAGAUGAGGUACAAAAAGUUUUAGAAGAGGCUGAAGCACUAAAAAAGCUUCCUGCCAGACAGGAGCCUGUUCUGGAUUCCUCAAAAUACACAUUGCUGAUGUUCGCAUUACCGAUCAAAAGCUACAGGUUUGUGACAUUUGUGGAGCAUUUUUGCAUGUUUAUGAGAGGCUUUUGGGCCCAGUUUUACGAGGAUAACUUUUGCAGCUACAUAAUUGAUCGACGUUUACAGAUCAUUUUGGAGCAAACUUCAUUUAGGUUAUAUGGAAAUCCGUGAUAUAGCAGAGCUUCAGGUAAGAUCAUUUAUAUGCUAUGGUGGCUUUGCUUUACAAAUUACAUUGGGGUAGGAAGUUCCUGCUGUCCAAGAUUUUGGUUUUACAGAUUGCCUGAACUUUUUUCCACAUGCUAUGCACAUUCAGCUUUUCUUUUCUUUUUCCCCUUUUUUUUAAUAAAAUUAAUCAGACCUUUAUUUACUUCCUUUGCCUAUUGGAUUCUAGUGUAACAGCAAAUUAAAUGCUUUUGUGCUUCGUAGGUAUCUCUAUUCUUAUAUUGAUCUUUUCCGGUUGUCCUUAAGUUUGUAUUGUGAAUAUAUUGGUUCAGGUGCUGGUAUAAUGUUUCACAUUCUUCUAUAAAGAUUCUCAGUUAGUAUCAUCUGUGAGUUUUCCUGACCUCAGAGAAGAAUAUUAUGCCCCAUUUUCUAAUUUCUUUUAAAUGUUUGUAGAUGCUGGACUUUAAAAUUCUGCAUUUUCUACCUUGUCUCUGCAUAUUCGGUUUAAAAUGCAUUAGUUAUGAAAUGUCUUGGUUCUCAACCAACUUUGAUAGCUCAUUUUUUUUUGCUGAAAGUGGGAAAGAAAAUGUAAAAUAUGAAAUCUAAUAAGACAGAAAAAGUAGAAAAAAUGAUUUUGUUCUGGGCAUUUUAAGAAUAGAGGGAAAAAAGGGGCUCUUAAUAUCUGAUGAUAAACCUAAUGGAUGGAAGGCCUGGUUUGGUCAAGUUAAGCUGCCUAUUGAUUAUGC